AAGCAAAUCAUCCGGCGCUAGUUCAGGUGAAGCCUCGAACGCCCCAAAAUAGUCUGGAUACAAACAUUCAAUUUUUUCAUUUCCAACCAUCCAUUUUCUAUACUCGCAUGCAAAUUUAUAUGUUAUAUAUGGUACUGUGGCUGGAACUGUUUCUGUUUGUAUGAAUGAAAAUGACAUUUUCAAUAUUGCAUGUGUUCGUUGUUAUUUCUUGUUCCAGUAUUUAAUGGAAGGUACCACAAUAACAGGAUUAAUUAUGUAAACUUCAAGGGAUUAAAAAGCAGUAAGUUUAGAUAUACUGCUAACGUUUAAUGGGCUGUGGAACUGCAAACGGGAACGUGUGUAACCUAAUUAUUCAAACCCGCUACAACCAGUGAUUUAACCUCUUAGUAAAGAUGAAACAAACCUGCGAUGUUUAUAAUUUGGCGAUGUUACUGUAUUAUAAUUUACCGGUAAAUUUAUUAAAUUGUGGUUCUAUGGGACCUGCACGUGUUGCUUUAAUGUCACAGCUUCCGUGACAGUGUUUUAAUGGGUGUGGUACUAUGACAAGUGUCAUCUUAACUUGUCUUAACCAGACAUGUCUGCCAGAAACGCCAUUACUACGCUAUGAAGUUAGGAUGAAUGAAGUAAUCUGACUUAAAGCGACGUCAACCUGGAGUAAAAAAGGAGAUGCUUACAGUCCAGUCAUGUCAAAACCUAUCCCCAAUAUCACCUGGGAGUUGUGAGGACCACCUCUCUGUCAGCUCCUUUGCGGAAUCUCCAAGCUCCUCUCGCCGUAGCACCCGCCUCCUCACCAAUGGCUACUAUGUCCUGUCAGACGACAGCAUUCUGUCCGAGGACGAGGGAAACAUCUCCCCCUCUCCCUCCCAAGCUAACAUUUCCUACAAGGAGAACAUGGUUCGAGUGUUUAAUAGACGCAAGAGGAGGUCAUUCAAGUCACUGGCCAGUGUGUUUGACAUGAGCCAAUCGCAUGAGUCCUUGCUGCAAGGGAAGGUGCCUGAUAGGACGCCCCAGUCUCAGCUUACUCACACAACAUGGAUGAAGGGCACUGAAGAGGGAGAUGGUGACUUGACUCGAGGUCAUGGCGCAAUUCCAACACGUCCAGAGAAAACUACUCCGCAAACUCACCAACAGGGGGAGCUACAUGAUUUGCCCCUGGACACCGAGGCCUGCUUUUCUCAGGAGCAGUUCAGUCAUUCCCUGGGCGGGUUCCUGGACAUCGCAUCUCAAUCGCCAUUCACUGCUGCGAAGCUCCGUCAUAUGAAACUGCUGACAGGCUCUAAGACCCAGAAAGUUCUUUUCUUCAUCAUCAUUCUGUUGGUCUGUCUUCUUACGGCAGUGUUCUCUUGGUGGAUCUUAGGGGGUCUGCUUUUCGCUUGUGUUACCUUUACAUUGAUAUUGGCUUCCUAUUUGCUUACAAAUACAACACUUCAGACCACAAGACUGCAUAAAACAGCGGGAAUCACCCCCAAGCAGGAAUAGCAGAUUGAAGGGCAAAAGAAGACAUAUAAUAUACUAUAUUUUUACAAAACAUACAUUUUAUUAUGUACAAUGCGAUAAAACAGCCAAAUAUUUUGAUGUACAGUUAGUUUUGGAAAGUUUCAGAGCGAUCAAUUUUGUCUGACGGCGCACAUAUAGUAUUUAAGUAAACAAAUAGCUACUUUUUAAAUAGUGUUAAAGCUAUAAUUGAUUGUGAUGAUAUGGGGGGUUUGUGACUCUGCUGGCACCUCUGGAGUGUAGGUUCUCCUCUCCUCUCUCCUCCUCGUGUUUCUCCUCCUGUCGUAUGGUUUUCCUCCCUCGCAUCCCAUCUAGGGUGUAGCCCAGCCCCAUGCCUCAUGCUGCCAACCCCCCCAUCACCCCACAGACAUACACAUUACGCAGGGAUUGAAAUACUGAUCAAAUUAAUCAAUUAUUAUUUUGAAUAGGUUAUGUGCUGUUGAGUUUGCGUAUGUCACCAGCUAGUUGUUCCAUGAGGAUUGCAGCUGGUAUAUCAUUUUCUCACUGAACAUUAAUGAAGUGUUUCUUUUUCGUAAAUAGCAAAGCUGUUAUGGGACUUGCACAAAGGCACACAUCUUGAAAGAAUGUAGAAGAGUUAUUUUAAGUCCAGACGCUCGUCUAUUUAUGAAUGAGAUACGUUCCAAACGGCCGUUCGUGACUUGGAAUGUUCGUAAGUUGUUAUUCAUCAUCAUUUUAAGGGUAUACGCAAAUACAAAGAACUAGGAUGCUGGGAGUACGCAGGCUAUGCUGCUGCGCGGCGGAAGUAGCGGUCAGAAGAUCUACUAGGCGGAAUUGGUGUGCAGAAAAAAAAUUGAUGUUGUGGACAGGAAACGGGAGCCCAAUGAACACAAUUUGGACUUACUGUCCACUUCGUUCGUAUGUCUGAAAGUUCGUAAGUUGAAAGUUUGUAAGUAGAGGAGCAUCUGUAUUUGGUUAGUCCCCUAGUAACUGAAAAUUGUAGAAAACUUUCUUUGGAGCAGUAUACCAGCAAAAAUGAGCCGCUACAGGGCUAACUUUGUGUUAGCUUUGACGCACACUUUUUAAAAAAUAUAUAUUUUUUGUAUCUUUGUGACCAAUAAUUAAGACACUUUAAAAUAAUUUAUUAAUGAAUUCACUUACUGGGUAGUUUGCAUAUUAAUUCAUUUGUGUGAACCGUAUUUAACGACUUAAAGACGUGGCACCAUAACAUUAAUAAAAACAAACACAAAACCAAUUUGGUAGCUGCAAUUAACAUAAGCAUAUAUCUGCACCAUGUUUUCAGAAGAGCCAUAUACUGUGUUGCAUUCACAUGCUGCAUCAUGUUUGUCUUGUAUUAGAAGCCUCCCAUGGUGUGAUCAGUUUAUUUCAUGUUAUAUUGGCAGCGCGAGGACCUGUUGAUGCGUAACACCCCAAAUGUGAGGUACAGUGUUGUUAAUUGACAGUUAAUUACAUCCAUAUACCAUAUUUCCUCUUUGAGGCACACAAUGAGUGAAGGUCUUACAUUGAUUAAUUUAGCUGAUAAUUGUGCAAAGAAAAAAACAAGUGGAUGAAAGCUUGGGGGGUAGCUAGUAACCUGGGGAGUUGCGGGCCUUGCUCAGGGUCGUGACAGCGAGAUGUUUACUCUACCAACCAUACAGCUCGAACCCACAACCUUCCGGACAUGAAUUCAUAACAAUGGAUAAUAAUAAGUAAUAAUGGAUUUUAAAAUAGGAGAUCUGUCUGAAUUCAGCCUUAUUGCCAAGUUAUCUGAAAUGAUAUUCCAAAUACCGUCAAGAUUAAAAAAAACCAUUACAAAUUCAUUUUGCCAUCUACCAAGCUAAAAUAUGCAAAUAAAUUCUGCUGGCUGACUAAUAAGAAUAUAUCCUUGGCUAAAAUGUCUCUGUUAUUUCACCAUCCAACGAGGCUACAGUAUGUAUUGAACUCACACAUGCUGUGUAUAUACAUUGUAUGCUGCUUCAAGUCCUGCUCGGAAUAUCCGACUAGAGAGUUGGAAAAUUGUAAUUACGACAUGACGCAUGUUCGGGUGGUUAGGUCUGAGCAAAAUGGAGGAGAUAAGAAAGCAACUUUUUGUUUCCCCCCACAGUCAAAAAACCACGCUAAGUUGAACUGCUGCCUUUCUUUGUAAAUAACUUUACCUAUUUUGUGUCAUUUGUCAUAAUAAAAAAAUCAUAAAAUAUAUAUAUAUUUUUUAAAUGUGCAUGCACUUUUGAAAUACGUGGGCAUCCCAUCUCGGGCUAAUGUCUGCAUUGCGCCCAUGGCUUCCGUGAUCAGGGAUGGAAAAUGGAUGGAUGGAUGGAUGGAUGGAUGGUAUGUUAAUUUAUCAAACUUGAUAAACUGACAUGAAAACAUGUGCAGUGCCCAUACAAGUGCAAUGUGUUGCCUAGCAGCUGUAAGCAUUAAACAAACAAGCUUUUUAGUCUAUAUUUUCAUUCAGUAUUUUUAACACAAUUUUGGAAAACACAGAAAGUAAAUGUCAGGACUCUGUGACCAUGAUCUGAAGGUUCCUGGAUCUAAUCCCAUAAUCAGCAGAGUAAUAUCAUUGUUUGGGCCCUUGAGCAUCUUCCAAUAGCUGUAGGGACUGUCUGACCUUGCUCUCUGAUCCUCACUUUUAUGUUUUAAACAAUAGUAUCUGCAAAAUAAAUGUAAAGAUUUCUUUAUCUAAACAAACAACAUAAUAUCAUCUAAUAGCCCAUUGUGACCCUCCAUUGUAUAAGCAGUUGUAAGAUGGGACUUCUUGAAUUUCAGCCGAUCACAAUUAUUAAAAGACCAUCAAUUGAAAAUAUGUUGAAAAAGAAAGGCAACAGUGCUUAAGAAAAAAAAACUGUUUCAAUUCCAUCCUUGGCAUGCCUUCCUUUAAAAUUCUUGCAUUUGCAGUUUCUUGAUACUUCCAGAAGAGGGCACUGAAAGACACCGAAUUCUCUUUCUGGAAUCUGCUGGAAAAGCCAGAGCGUACAGGAUACUGAAUCCUCAUUUGCUAAAAGACAAAUGUCUUCAGUAAUUAUCAUCUCAAGUGACUAUCGUUAGUCUUAUGAGAAUGCUGGCACCUCUCAGGUUUUUUAGGCUUGUCUUCAAAGCUUCAGCAGUGCAGCUUUGGCAGUGCAAAGGAGGCAAAGCCUUAGCCUCAGCACACAACUGGAAUGCAGUGACACACGACUGCCAUUUUGCUUUAGGGUUGAACAUGAAUGCCCUGUUUUCUAAAUCUUCACAUUGAAGCAACAAUUAAACAACAUGAAAGUUGUAUUAGGCUUUGAUUAAAAACAUACUGGAGGUCAAUAAUACAUAACGUUUGGCAUAUGGUUAUGUAUGCAAAGUCCUGCCUGUGAAUAUGCUAUUUGAUAUUAAAACAGAGCAUAUCAGUGUAAAAGAUGCAGGCACUACAGGGCGCUGGCAGCACCCCUGAAUGUAAUUCCCUUCCAAUCCUAAAGCCUGAGAUCAAACAACACUGCUAGACACGAAAAUGUAAGACAAAGCAGUAAGAUCAUGUCUCAGGGGUGUCUAGACCAGUGGUUCUCAAUCUUUUUUGCACUGUGACCUACUUUUUACCAUGCCAGCUUAGUCUAGACACUAUAUCAGGUAUAGGCUUAAAUUAACGCUUUGAUCAAGCACAGUGAACACUGCAAUUUACACCAAUCAAUGCCUAUUGCACAAGUCUAAUUGGAUGUGCCAGUGAAUUUUAAAUUAAGCAUCUGUGGUUUGAUUUCUUGGAUUGGUUGUGUUCGCUAAUUUUGUGCUAAGCAGUCGCAGACCCAAGACCCAUUUAUAUAGGUUAAUUAUAAGAUUGAGGCUGGGAAAUCUGAUCGUAGAUCAGUAUAAGAGCGUGCUGGUUUCAAAAUGCUUACAUUUACAACUCUGCCUCACGACCCUUUCAGAACUUGAGUUGCGACCCAUGGGUUGAGAAUCGCUGGUCUAGACCACUGACCCAGAAACGGUCCUCACACUGAAACUCCAUGUGCUGUAAACGGUCACCACAAAUACAGAAAGUAGAAAACUAGGCAACAUAAUAGGCUGGCCCCCCAUCCUGGGUUGUUCCCUGCCUCGUGCCCAUUGCUUCCGGGAUAGGCUCCGGACUCCCCAUGACCCAGUAGGAUAAGCGGUUUGGAAAAUGGAUGGAUGGAUGUUAAUACUGCAAAUGACAGUAAUGCUAAUAUAAAGGUUUUCAUUAUCACUUGCAAUUUGAUUCCAACUUACCACUUUUAAAAAAAAUUGGGAUGUGUUCAAAACAGUACGGUUUUACAAUGUAUAAAAGAAAAAUAUAUAUAAAUAACCAACUGUUCCUUUACAAAACAGCAAAGAGCUUGGCGCUCCUUUAGCACCCUCAGCUUUCUUGACUGGUCUACAUAUGAUAGGAAACAAACGCAGUGUAAUGUUUCACACAGAAACCAGAAAACCCACUUGAUUCGAUGAGAUUCUCGUAGGUUUCUCCCUGGUGUUUAAACAAGGCAGAAGGGCAGUAAUUCUGUCCAGAAUGGGUGAUAUUGAGCUGGGUUUAACACUGUCAAAGAAUAAGCACAGGACAUGCUUUACAGAAAGUUAUUGAUAUGAACGCUACCUGUCUGGAGUAUGGGUUAUCAAGGAUGAAUAUAAUAACAGGAAAGUUUAGCUUUUAAUUUUAUUUUUUAAUAAAAUUAUUUCACUGAACAUGCCUCAAUUCAGUCUUUGCAGGUUUCAGAGUUCGUUGACUAAUGUUAUACUUAAAAAGAAAUCUGUAAUAUAAAAAAUUUUAUAUCUGAAGAAUAGACACAAGAUAUAAAUACAACAAACAUGCGUCAAAUUUAUCAUCACACGAAAAUAAUACAUAUACUAAUUCUUGAAAGGGUGGUUCAUUAGGUCUCUGUGCCUGUGAUCGGAAGGUUUCUGGUUCAAAUCCCAAGACUCAAUUGCACAUCACUUGAAUUGUGCAAAGGAUGAAAGCAUCUUCCAAAUAAUGGAAUCGUUCGUUUAAUUAUUCAUAUAUUCAUAUUGUUUUACAGUGCCUGUUUUAGUUUUUUCCUGUACUUUCUUUCGGUAUACUCUCAAGAAGAAUUAUCCUCUGUUUGAUGAAUGAUGGAGAAUGAUCCCACAGCUGGGAAAACGUAAAAAUUUUAAGCCUGGGAACUUUCGGCCUAGUUGCCGGCAGCUACUUGCAGAUUCCUGAAGGGACCUGGGCUAUAGCUUUCUCCCCUCAUGCAUAUUAAUUUGAGCAGUAGCGCAUUUCCAUGUCAUUUUCACUGAGCCAGCAUAAAUGUGCGUGACCAAUGGGGAAAUCCGGAGGUAGCUUUUGGAGGGAAAACGAUGUGACCCUCAAGCUUCGGCAGAGUCGUGCUUUUGAAUAGUCAGCAGGCUCCGUGAAUACCUCUUCACUUACCAACACUGUGCUCCUCUGUCAUCUCCAAGGCUGAAAAAUGACUUUACAGUCCUUUCCAACCUUGGUUCCCUAAACCAAUUUGUUCCACUGAUGUCUGUUGUUGGGCUGGUUUCCAAGACAGUCUUACACUCUGUCUUCUACUUUGUUGAAUAUGCUAUGGACUUGGCGACAGUUCCUGGUUUUAAAUGUACAUAGAACAAGAAAACGUAUUAAAA